AUAUUGUCCAAUUAAUGAAAUAAAACCAAAUGGUAAGCGAAAAGUAGGCGGCACAACAUUAACGUUGCUGCCACGUGUCCAAAAAAAAUUUACAUUUCAAGCCAGAACAGCCAACAUGUGCAACGUUGCAGGCAAAUCGAAACGAAAUGUAAACAACAAUUCAGCAAGUGCUGAAAGUAUCUUGUGGAUACUGAAAGUAUCUUGCGUGUUUGCUCUUCUGCUGCAAAGCGCCAGUGCUGAGCCACUAAAGGUGGUCUAUGCACUAAACGCUGGCGGCUCCGAGCAUACGGAUCAGAAUGGAAUACACUAUGAGGCGGAUCCGUUAAAUGUGGGCAUUGCAUCGGACUAUGGCAAGCAUUUGCUGAUGAUUGGACGCGUGCACGAAGAGGAUGAAGUGCUUUAUCGUACUGAGCGCUAUCAUACUACGACCUUUGGCUACGACUUUCCCGCUGAUGGCGAUGGCGACUAUGCGCUGAUUAUGAAAUUCUGUGAAGUUUAUUUUGAUGCACCCAAUCGCAAGGUGUUCGAUGUGCUGCUCAAUCGUCGCCACACGGUAAUAAAGCAGCUGGAUAUUUAUAAUCAUGUGGGACGCGGCUCGGCGCACGAUGAAAUUGUUUACUUUAAAAUUGUUAAUGGACGCCUGCAGUAUGAGUUUGAAGGUGAGAUAGAGACGUCCGAUGUGCGUAAUGGACACUUGCGGCUGGACUUCAUCAAGGGUGCGCUGGAUAAUCCCAAGAUUAAUGCAUUUGCGCUGCUCAAGGGCGAUAUGUCUCAGCUAUCGCGGCUACAUAACAGCGAGGCCAGCGAUCGACGCGCCGACACCGAGGAGGAGGAUGCGCUGAAGGCAAAGAAAACACGUGACAAUCAGCAGCAUCAGGAGCGCAUUGUGCGCUAUAACGAACGACAAGCACAAAGAGGCUAUGACGACGAAGAGGAUGAAGAUGACGAUGAGAUGAUGGAGCAACUGCCACAGCAGCCAUCGUCGCAGCAGCAACAAAACCAACAGCACUCGGAGCAAAAGGCGCCGGACAGCUCACAGCGCAUGCGUAGUGGACCACGUCAGCCCAGUCCCUAUUCCAUGGAUGAUUCAUCCAUAUUGAUGCCCGUAUUUAUUGCCAUUGGCGCGUUUAUACCAUUGCUGUUUUGCCUUUGCAAGCUGUGAUCCCCAUGGGAUCGAUUUGAUUUUUGUGAUUUUUAUAAAAGACUUAAUUGUAUAAUUAUUGUUUAGUUGUACAAGCAACAAAAUGUUUCAAUUCUUUAGUCGCACAAAUCUCACUUAUUCUCUUAUUCUUUUGCUCUCUCUAUAUAUGUGAAAUUAUAUACAAGAUUAAUGUAUGCAUAGCUUAAUUGUUUAAACUUUAAACCAUUGUGUUCCUUUAUCACGAUGCAGUCAGCACGAUCUUAUGGCCCGCACACAGGCUCAAAUACUUAAGAAUUUUUAUUUAAAUAUUAAAUCUUACGUUUGCUCAACAAUGAAUUUUUUAG